UGCUCAUCUGCAGGUCUGCACUGAAAAGCCGAUCGGCAGGGAGUAGCUGCAGCAUGAAGAAGAAGACGGCCGCAUCCAAAUACCUUUGCUUUGCGAGUUUCACCAUAUGUAUCCCCUCCGCUAAGCAGCCGUCCGGCGGUGACGCCAAGAAUCGUCUCAGCUUCUCCUUCCCGGAGAGCAUUAACGGCGGCAAGGACCGGCGUUGUCAGCAGCACACGGAGGAGGAGCAUAAGUCCGAGAGCAUCAUCGACCCGGCGGCUUCGGUCGUCACGAGGACAGACGGCAAGCACUGCACCAUCAUCGUUGGCACCAUCUUUGGCCGCCGCAGCGGCCACGUCACCUUCUGCGUGCAGCGCGACGCAGCCAUGCCGCCUCCCUUCCUCUUCGAGCUCUCCGUCCCGAUGCUGUCACUUGCCGCCGAGAUGGGCUCCGGCCUUCUCCGCAUAGCCCUCGAAUGUCACCACUCCAGCGGCAAGGUGGUCGUCGGUGCUGCUGACGGCGACACCAUCAACAACGCCGGUACGGGCGGCGGCGGCUCGAGGAGUGUCUGGAAGGCGUCCUGCAAUGGGCGGGACGUGGGUUACGCCGUACGGCGGCGGCCCACCGACCAGGACUGCCGCGUGCUGGAGAGCAUGAGGAUGACGACGACCGGCGUCGGGGUGCUACCGUCGACGGGGUUCAGCGAGGACGGCGGCGGCGGAGAUGUGCUGUACAUGAGGGCAACGUACGAGAGAGUCGUGGGUUCAAAGGACGCCGUGUCGUACCACCUCAUCACUCCCGGAACAGCCAGCGGCAGCCCCCAGCAGGAACUCAGCGUCUUCUUGCUUCGCACCAGGGGUGACUGAAACGUAGCAGCGUAUUACUGUCGAUUUCAUCUAUUACUGCUGCACGUAUUCACCAAGAGGGUUUGCUUGCCUAGUUCAGAUAUCUUCCUUUCAAAGCGAUGGUCAAAGGGAUUGUCUUAUGCUUGUCCUCGAUGUGCUGCUUUGCAAGGCGAUGUAAUGGGGGAUUUAUGACCCCUAAACUCUGUUAUUAAUCCAUAACAACAAUAUUUUAA